AUGAUGGGAAGCUGUCCCUGGAGGAGUUCCAGGCCUUUUUUUCUGAUGGGACACUCAAUGAAGAAGAACUUGAGAAGCUCUUUCAUACCAUUGACUCGGACAACACCAACAACGUGGAUACCAAGGAGCUGUGCGACUAUUUUGCUGACCAUAUGGGAGACUAUGAAGAUGUCUUGGCCUCACUGGAGACACUGAACCUCUCCAUCCUGAAGGCAAUGGACUACACAAAACGGGUGUACGAGAGCGGCAGCAACGUGGACCAGUUUGUCAAAAAAAAGGAGACAGCCAACCAGACCCAGUCGCUGCUGAGCUCUGUGGAGAGUGCUGUGGAUGCCAUCGAUGAGCAAACCAACCCUACCAGGCACUACCCCAGCAAGGCUGGCCAUGGUCUUAUGGACACCUGGUACGACAGCCCCAUGCCCAGCUACUCUCCCACCAGCUGGAUGGUCCCCAGGGAACACGGGAAGACCUUCCAGACUGGUUCCCCCAACACCAAGGCAGAGGGGCUGGAGGGGCAGAUCAACAGGCUGGCUGAGCUGAUAGGCAGGCUGGAGGACAAGACUCUCUGGUUUGACCUGCACCAGCGGGAGAGCACAGCUUGCACGUACCUCCUCCUGGUGCGGGACGAGAUGACGGUGUCACACAAGCACCUAGGCGAGUUUUGCAGCUCCCUGAAGCAGUACCUGAAGAGUGUGGCAGGAGAGCGGGACUGCUUCCAGUGG